CGAGCUCCUCUCUCACAGCCCAGUCGCAACGUAAACUCAUCGGCGUUAUCGCACGCCGAGCCGUCCUUCACUCCGACCCGCCGUCCGCUUUCGCCCUUUCCCUAUCCCCGCCCAAUCCCUCCCCUCAGGCCUUCAUGUCGCGCGGACGCGGACGAGGCCGCGGGCGCGGCGGCGCGACCGCCGGCCGCGACCAGUUCAACGCAGCCUUCGCGGGGAUGAGCAAGGAAGACUCGCGCGCCGUCCUCGAGAGCUUCAGCAAGCCCGUAAAAGGCUCCGGCAUGCUAUACCCCGUGCGUCGCCCGCGGCCCCACUAACCCCAGCCACUCGACAAGGCGUCCGAGAUGCCCGGGCCCACGGCGUUCGAAGAGCGCGUGGUAGCGCACACGAACGCGCUGUUGCGGGACCUCGCCGAGGGCCUCGCGGACGCGGACGGCGCGCGCGCGGGCGCGCCCUGGCGGCUCGAGAGCGAGCGCAAAGUCGUCGGCAUCGAAAUCGAAUCUUACUCCGAUAGGUAUCGGCGUCCGGGGGCGGGCACGGGCACGGGGAACUCGCGGCUCGACCCCGCCGUGUUGUAUCUUAACCGCGAGCUGUUCCCGCCGUCUUUGUGGAAGGAGUACUUUGAGGGCGAUAUGGGAGCCGAGAAGAAGGCGCGGGCGAUCGCGCGCGCGAAUCGCCGGAAGCGCGUGUUGGAUGAGGAUGAUGAUGAGGAGGGCGAGCCGAGCGAGAAUGAGGAGGACGAGGAGGACUUUGACUUUGACGACGAGGACGAGGAGGAUCAUCAGGACUACGAUCACAAUUACUUCGACAACGGAGAAGGGGACGACGACUCGGGCGGCGAGGGUGGAGAAGACGAGGGCGGGCGGUACGACGAUUGAGUAGACCGCAGCUUACCGCUUGCCCUAGAGCGGAGUGUACGAUAUAUGCAGCAUAUGACAUGGAGAGUGCAUGAUGAACU